AUGAGAGAACGACAGAAAGAGCUGAAUGGAGGCCUUGAGCUAGCAAUACCUGCAUCAUCCCAAGAAGUCAUCGCACGACUCUUGACCCUAGGUGCAACACUGAACUCACGCUCAUGCCUUACUUUUCUUGCAAGACAGGAGCCUGCUAUCCUCCAACUGCUGCUAGAUUUCGGCUGGGAUGUUAAUUCCACUGAGACAAACUUUGCCACUGUCCACCUCGCCGUCGAAUAUGAAAUUUCGCUCGGCUGGUUGCUCGAACACGGCGCAGAUCCAAGCGUCAGUUCAGAAAGACGCACCAUAGGAUCCUGCCUUCAACGUGCCACGGCGCUUGACUACGCGUCGAAGCGGUCCGAUGCCACUGCAGUCAACUUAUUGUUGUCCCAUGGCGCCAAACUGGACGCAGACGCCAUCUACUACGCCAUUGGUCUUCGCUAUCAGAAAAACGGCACAGCCACGUUACAAGCGCUGAUUGAUCAUGGUGCUGACGUCAAUUACGUUUCGGAAAAGUACUUCACGCCGCUCCACCACGUCGUCCUCAGAGGUCAACUGGACAAACUCACACUACUGCUGGAACGAGGCGCGGAUCCGAGCAUUAAGGCGUUGCGGCGCCAAAUCUCUGCGCUAGAAUUUGCGAAAGAGAAGGGUUACACAGACAUGGCUGAGAUGAUGGAAGCUGCAAGUCGCUAG